AUGUGUCCACUGAGGAUCGACACAGGAUACAAUAGAGCCCAAGAGUUUUGUACAUAUAGGAGAAGAAUAAUCGGGUCAAAACGACAUGAAGCACUUGGUGCAGCUGCGUACGCGGCUGCGCUCGAAGUGGGACGGUGGAGAUGGCGGUUGCGAUCCAGUGUCAUGUCAGACGAUGAGAUGAACGAGAAGCUUUCCGAUAUCAAACUCGAUCCAGGGAAGAAACUAACGAAAAGAGAGCUAAAGAGACUAGCUAAACGAGCAGACUAUGAGAAGGAAAUUCUAGCUAUGGGAGGAACUGUUGAUGGUGUAAAUGCUAGCCAAAUAGAAGGCGAAGAGGGGGAGAAAGGUAUUGGAUCUGGAGCUCAGCUUGGAGGACAAUUCACAGUUUCUCAAACCUCUCAAAGUCAUACCCAGAAAGUACAAGCUGAAAAUAGUAUGGAUAUCAAAGUUGAAAAUUUUGAUAUUGGCGCUCAAGGGAAGCUACUAUUCAACAAAGCCACUCUUUCGAUCGUCUACGGUAGGAGAUACGGGCUUGUCGGACCAAACGGGAUGGGAAAGACUACAUUGUUGAAGCACAUCGGAUCACGGCGAUUAAAAGGAAUUCCGUCUAAUAUCGAUAUUUUAUACUGUGAACAAGAAAUCGCCGUGGAUAGUACAUCUGCCAUUGACACAGUCGUUAAGUCAGAUAAGAAAAGGCUUGCUCUCCUCGAAGAACAAGAAAAACUCGUAAAACAACUUGAAGAUGGAGAUAAUAAUGUUGUUGAGCGAAUGAAAGAAGUUGCUGAUGAAUUACGAGAUAUGAAAGCAGACGCAGCUGAGCCUCGAGCACGUAGGAUACUUGCGGGUCUAGGUUUCUCUAAAGAAAUGCAGGAGAAAGCUGUUGAGGAUUUUUCUGGUGGAUGGCGUAUGAGAAUCUCAUUGGCUCGUGCUUUAUUCCUCGAACCUUCUUUGCUUAUGCUUGACGAACCAACUAACCAUCUUGAUUUAAACGCUGUCAUCUGGCUCGACAACUACCUGCAGUCUUGGAAAAAAUCAUUGUUGAUCGUAUCUCAUGACCAAGGCUUUUUAGACAAUGUAUGCACAGAUAUAAUUCAUCUUCAGGAUCAGAAGUUGAAUUACUAUAAGGGGAAUUACAGUCUUUUCAAGAAGAUGUAUGAACAAAAGAUGAAGGAACAUUUGAAGGCAUACGAGAAUCAACAGAAACAAAUGCAGGCAUUGAAGAAAGGAGGGAAAAGUGCGAAACAAGCAGAAGAAGAGAUGAAGAAAAAUAUGCAAAACAAGCAAAAUAAACAAACGAAGGGCAAGAAAGGCUCCGCUUCGAUGGGUGAUGAAGGAGAUGCUCCACCUCCUGAAUUGAUACAAAGAAUCAAAGAAUAUCAGGUCAAGUUCAAGUUCCCAGAUACCGAUAAAUUGGCGCCGCCAAUUCUAGGAUUGCACAAUGUUACGUUUGGCUAUGGAAAUAACAUUCUCUUCAAAGAUUUGGACUUCGGUGUUGAUAUGGACUCUCGUAUUGCUAUAGUUGGGGCAAACGGAGUUGGAAAAUCGACAUUGCUAAAAUUACUAACUGGGAGGAUACAGCCUACGGAAGGGGAGCUUACAAAACAUCGACAAGUAAAAAUAGGAUGGUUUGAUCAACACGCAAACGAAGCUUUGAACGGUGAACAAACUCCCAUAGAAUAUCUAGGGACAAAAUUCAAUAUUGAUUAUCAGCUUGCACGAAAGAAUCUUGGCUCAGUUGGAUUGGCUGGACAUGCACACACGGUUAAGAUAAAGGAUCUAUCUGGUGGACAAAAGUCCCGUGUUGCACUCGCUGAAUUGGCCUUAGGAGAACCGGAUAUGUUGAUACUUGAUGAACCAACGAACAACUUGGACAUCGAAUCAAUUGAUGCACUAGCUACGGCUAUCGAGGACUUUGGUGGAGGAGUUGUUAUGGUUACUCACGACGAGCGGUUAGUACGGGCCACAGAAUGCACAUUAUGGAUAGUUGAGGAUCAGGGUAUCGCUGAGAUUGAUGGAGACUUUGAUACGUACAAGAAGGAAGUUCUAGAAGCUCUUGGUGAAACACUUAAUCGUUGA